GUACACCACCUUUGUGGAAGUGGAGGACGUGGCUCUCCGUGCCACCAUGCUGCUGAACUUCAGCCUCGUCUCCACGCUGAUGCUGCAGUUUGCGAUCUACCGCGAUACGCGCCCACUCCCGCCAAAGCCGCAAGAGAUCGAGUUUGAGCCGGAGUCGCCCAUAGAGUCCAUGCCCACGCCCAAGCCUUUCAAGCGCCAGAACUCCAUGUUCCAGGCGAUCGCGAGCUUUGGCUCCUCCCGAUGUCUCUCUGAGAUGGUCGACGCAGAGAUGAUGGAGAACAACGUGGCGGUCAUCCGGUCCAGGUCAAGCGUGUCACUGUCCCAGUUCGCUCGAUCCCUGUCCUGGAGCGAGUAUCCGCCAGCGAGCAACUCUGUACCGGCCCUCGACACUUUCGACCUCCGGCAGGCCAGUGCUCCAUCGCCGGCCCUCCGCCGCAACUGA